AUGCAACCGGCCAUCGACAUAAUGAAUGACGGAAUUAGGGCGAAUUUCAUCAAAAAUCACAACGAAUAUCGCUCAAAACGCGAUCAGCUGGAUGCGGCCAACAUGAAAAAAAUGUAUUACUCCAUGGAAUUGGAAAAGGCAGCUCGUGAAUACCUGAACGCCAUACCCCCGCCAGAAGUUGGGCCAGACGCUACAACCACCCCUAAAUGGCUUUCUGACAACGAAUUAGACUAUUACUCCAUCUUCACAUGGCAGAACGACCGCAAAUUCUGCAUCGACCAGGCGGACAUGCUGCGCUGUGCCAAGUUCACAAACAUUGCAUGCUCCGAGACUAAUCGUGUUGGCUGUUCGCUGGUCAACAACACUGGCAAAAUGAGGAUCUUGGUGACUUGCUUUUACAGGCCCAAGUGUACACCGAGCCACGACCCUUACAUUAAAGGUGAACAAUGUACCAGGUGCACCAACGACUCCAAAAACUGCGAAGAAGCGUUAUGUGCUCACAGUAGGCAAUUAUGCCCAGCAGACUGCCGUGACCUCUUUCAAUUCAACUGCGGGGCAUGCAAUUCUCCAAUCCCUGGGCCUUUAGCCCCAAUGCCUUCCCAUGGCUACACUCUUAGGGGGUGUUGA